GCGCUGCCGCGGGCGGAGGAUCCGGGCCGCGCUUCCUCUAGCCAGGCCUGCGAGCUUCCUCCCAGCGGAGCCCGGGGCGAUCCGAGCUUGGCCGCUGCCGCCGAGCCCCCGGCCGUCUUCCCGCUCCCAUCCCACCCCGCACCCUGCCUGAGGGUCCUGCUGGGGUGGGGUCCCGGCGGGGCGACCGCCCGGCCGCGCCGCUGUCGUGGCCGUCCCGCGGCCAGUAGUUCCUCCGCCCCAGCCAGCCUGUGGCCGCCGGAUCCUUCGCGGCGUGGAGCGCGGGGAGCCCCAGCAGCUCCCGAUCCAGCGUCCGGGGAGGCCCCCGGUAGCCGGCGCGACGUUCCAAAAUCGAACCUUGGUGGCGGCGUUCGGAAGCGGAACUCUGCUGGGGCCGCGCCGGCUACAUUGUUUCCUCCCCCUAUUCCCUCCCGCCCCCUUUCCCCACGCCUUUCUUCCCUCCCCGACCCCCGGCCGCGCGGCUGGACCCCUGCCUCCGUCAGGCCACCCCUUCUUCCUCCCUCUUCGCACCUAUACCUCUUUGUACCGCACGCCCCGGGGACCCCUGCUCCCCUCCCCUCUCUCCUGGCCGCACGGACCGUCCCGCAGGCCGCUGAUGCUGCCCGCAGCGAGCUGGCUCGGCCCACAGUUUCCCGAGAGAGGUGUGUACCCCGAAGUGGUGUGACCAGGCCACAGGGUCGGUGGCCUUGGCUGUAGAGAUACUGCCUGAGCAAGUUUUUAUAGACAAAGAAACUAAGACACCCACAGAAGACAGCUCUCAUGGUACCAAGUGACAGGUCAGCCUUCCUGUGACACGGGGACGCUCGACUUCUGAGAAGAUGUCAGCAAUACAGCCUGUCCUGCAGGCCACCUGGCCAUCCGGUACAGAGUGCAUUGCCAAGUACAACUUCCACGGCACAGCGGAGCAGGACCUUCCCUUCUGCAAGGGGGACGUGCUCACCAUUGUGGCCGUCACCAAGGACCCCAACUGGUACAAAGCCAAGAACAAGGUGGGCCGUGAGGGCAUCAUCCCAGCCAACUAUGUCCAAAAACGGGAGGGCGUGAAAGCAGGCACCAAACUUAGCCUCAUGCCCUGGUUCCAUGGCAAGAUCACACGGGAGCAGGCAGAACGGCUUCUGUGCCCGCCAGAGACGGGCUUGUUCCUGGUGCGGGAGAGCACCAACUACCCAGGUGACUACACGCUGUGUGUGAGCUGCGACGGCAAGGUGGAGCACUACCGCAUCAUGUACCACGCCAGCAAGCUCAGCAUUGAUGAGGAGGUGUACUUUGAGAACCUCAUGCAGCUGGUGGAGCACUACACCUCUGACGCGGAUGGACUCUGCACACGGCUCAUCAAGCCAAAGGUCAUGGAGGGCACAGUGGCAGCCCAGGAUGAGUUUUUCCGCAGUGGCUGGGCACUGAAUAUGAAGGACCUAAAGCUGCUGCAGACCAUUGGGAAGGGGGAGUUUGGAGACGUGAUGCUAGGCGACUACCGAGGGAACAAAGUCGCCGUCAAGUGUAUUAAGAACGAUGCCACUGCCCAGGCCUUCCUGGCUGAGGCUUCGGUCAUGACGCAACUUCGGCAUAGCAACCUGGUACAGCUGCUGGGUGUGAUCGUGGAAGAGAAGGGCGGGCUCUACAUUGUCACGGAGUAUAUGGCCAAGGGGAGCCUGGUGGACUAUCUUCGAUCACGGGGUCGGUCGGUGCUGGGCGGAGACUGUCUCCUCAAGUUCUCACUAGACGUCUGUGAGGCUAUGGAAUACCUGGAGGGCAACAACUUUGUGCACCGGGACCUGGCUGCCCGAAAUGUGCUGGUGUCUGAGGACAAUGUGGCCAAGGUCAGCGACUUUGGCCUCACCAAGGAGGCCUCCAGCACCCAGGACACAGGCAAGCUGCCAGUCAAGUGGACAGCCCCCGAGGCCCUGAGAGAGAAGAAAUUCUCCACCAAGUCUGACGUAUGGAGCUUUGGAAUUCUUCUCUGGGAAAUCUACUCCUUUGGGCGAGUGCCUUAUCCAAGAAUUCCCCUGAAGGAUGUCGUCCCCCGGGUGGAGAAGGGCUACAAGAUGGACGCCCCUGACGGCUGCCCGCCCGCCGUCUAUGAGGUGAUGAAGAACUGCUGGCAGUUGGAUGCCGCUUCAAGGCCCUCCUUCUUGCAGCUGCGGGAGCAGCUCCAGCACAUCAAAGCCCGAGAGCUGCACCUGUGAUGGCCAAGCACCCAGGGCGUGGGCCUUGGGGGCCGAACUUGGAGAGACGGGCCUUGAGCCCCCACUCAGUGGGCCCUGGCCUGAACUGAGCCCAGUGGGCUUCUUUCCUCUGUCCCAGCCUGUGCCUCCUCUGGCCCGUCUGGGGACCCCGCCUAGGCCUGGCAGCUUCUCUCAUGGACCCACCUGUGGGGCUGGGGGAGGCCCACUGAAAGGCCAAGAAGCGAGGAGGCUGAGGAGCCGGAGGCAGACACCCCCACCAUGGCCAGGCUUCCCUUGGCCUCCUAUCUCUCACUUUCCUAGAGUUUUAUUCCUUUCCUUUUUUGAGGGUUUUUUUCCCAUGUGCUUAUUUUUUAUUAUUUUUCAAGAUAAGAAGAAAGUACCCAGGAAAUGGGCAUUUUACAAGAAGUACGAAUCUUAUUUUUCCUGUCCUCCCCAUGAGGGUUGGGGAAACCAGGCCCCUCUCCAGGGACCCUUUGCCCAGCCUCGUUCCCCGUUCCGUGUUCCGUGUCCCGUGUCUCCUCGGUCGCCCCGUGUUUGCGCUUGACCACGUUGCACUGUUUGCAUGCGCCCGAGGCAGAUGUCUGUCAGGGGCUUGGAGCUCGUGUGUGCUGCCGCCACCUGCCUUGUGAGAUGGAAUCAUAAUAAACCACUCCAUGAGGACA